GAGAGUAUCGGUGCUCAUAGUUUAAAUGUCGUCACAAAUACACAAUUAAAGAAGCACAGUCGCCAGUUGUAAAUACUUGAUAUGAUAUCUGUGAUAUCUGUACUAUUAAUUAUAUGAGAUUAAAUGUGUUAUAGUUUGUGUGAUAAAAACCAGUGUUAUUACCUAUGGGAAACAGAUUUUUAUAAAAGGACCAUGUAUUUUGUGGCGAAAGGACUGUUUUUGACUUUUCUUAUCAUAAGUGUGAAUGGGCUGAACGACGCCGACUCGCCGCCCGAUGAGUUCCCCAUAAAAAACUUCACCUCGGGCAUCAACAAAACUGUUUUAACCAAAACCGUAUCGAAGAAGUACGUAAAGAAAGACUCGCAGCCCUCCACGUUGUUCCCGGGCCAGACCGAGCCCGCCGACGAUGUCCUGGAGGAGAACAAGAACAGGGUCAAGUCGGUUUACUACAACGUGACGACCAACACCAACAACACGACGCCGUGGGCCACGCUUUCCGCCAACGUCACUUAUUUCAACGAAGAAGCGGCCAACUUGUACACCAACAGUGAGGGACAUCCGACGUCUUACAACAAGUCGGAGACGGUGCCACAGGCAAUACCUAAAGGCACAAAAAUUGAUGAUGAAGUGGAGGAGAUACAGGACGGAACUAACACGGAGGAAAACAGAAGGCAUAACCCUUUGGAAAUGAAGACUCCGUCCUCCAGUACCUCAGGAACACUCCAUGGACAGUUGGUGGGAAUAGUAGUGGGUUCCUUUGUAGUAUUUUCAGUCUUUGUAUACGUUGGCUUAUUGAGUUAUCGAAAAUAUUUAGAGAAUCGAUAUGGAAGUAGGCAAUUGUUGGUGGAGGACGAGUUUUACAGUCCUGCUGGAAUGCAAAACUUUUCGAUAUAACUUCAUAAUCCAGGACUUAGUUGCUAUCGACAAUGAGCCUACCCACGUAGAGUAAUGUAUAAAUUGUAAAAUAAACUGAAUUAUUAAUUUUUUAAAUAAAUUAGCUGUCUGUGAUAUUA